GCUGGGUGUCCUGAGAGGCACGGGGACCCAGAGGGGCCUGAGCCGUGGGGGUCUGAGGGGUGGCAGGGUCUGUAGGGUGCUGGGAGCUAAGGGGGCCGUGAGGGCUGGGCAGCGGGGGUCUGGGCAGUGGCAGGCCUAUAGAGGCCGUAGGGGCCUGAUACUGAGGGGCUGGGGAGCAACAGGGCCUAUAGGGGCCUGGCACCAGGGUGCUGGGAGUCACGGGGGCCUAUAGAGGCCAUAAGGGCCUAUAGGGGGCCGAUCAUGGGGUUCUGGGCGCCAAUAAAGGCCUGAGAGCCCGGGUGCUGUAGGUCCUAUAGCAUCUGACUGCCAGGAGCUGCAGGGGCUGGGCCUUGGGAGAGCGGCACCAGCUCGGCGCGGGUGCCUUCCCUGCUGGUGCUCAGUCCUUGCUUUGUGUUGCGUUUGUUAUUCUCGUUUGUUAAUUAUUCCGUGGUGGCAGAGCCACUACCAAGCCUCCGGAGCUCCCAGCUCGGUGGCAGUGUUUCGCUGAGCUUGGGCUUUAUUUACAGUCCUUUUUAUCAGGCUGCAAUAAUUGCUGGUAAUGUUUUCAUAUGCAAGCGGGUAAACAGACUAUCGACACUGAAACUUGCUAAUUAUUCCCAUCUCUCUGUCGUCCCUGUUUAGCCUUUAUCUUCUCACUGACCUGCUGAUGGCACCAGUUUGCUGCUUUCCAGCAGCGCCACAGAUCGGGACGGGGACGCGCAUCCCCGCGGCGUGCGAUGGAGCAGCAGCCCCAGGCCGUGAGCCCCUGCUCCAUGCACCCCAUUUCCCUUGUCCUCAAGCCCCGUGUUUAACGCUAGAUGGUGGUAUCUUCAUGAAGCUUCGACCUGAGGACUGCCGGCUGCUCGACACUGCUGAUGGCAGGAAAACUCCCUGGAAAAGCCAGGUGAGAUAGCGGUGGUGGGAAAGAGACCCUCCGGAGAGCAUCGGUGGAGGAAGGACGUGGUUGGGGACGAUGUGGCAGUUGCGACGCGCCGAGCCCGAUGUCACGCCGCGGCUACCCAGCCGGGGGAAGGAGGGCCCCCCCCAAGAGCACAAUGGAGAUGGACAAAAUAUUCCUCCAGCUGUGUGAGGAGGUUACCAGGCUGCAGGAUCUGUGUGCGAAGCAGGGCAAGCUCCUCCAGAAGCUGACUGCCAGGAAGGGCCCUGUCCUCGAUAUCCCCAUGUCGCUGCCGAUCCAGUGCACGGAGGACAUGGUCACGGAGGAAGGGGAAAGGCCACUGGGCAGCCAACAGAAGUGCUCCGAGAACCCGGAGGGCUCUGCCCACCCCCUGGUGCAGCCGCACGCUGCCAACGCGCCCGGCUUUGACAGCAGGUACCCACCGAGUGCCCCAAACGGCAGUGUCUUCGACGGCGGGGCUGGAAGAGCAGCUCUUGCUGUGGCUUUUGGCAGCAACAAGGCAGAGAGAAGUGAGAAGAUAGAUAUAGACACGUGGCUGAAAAACUGUAGGAUGCUUCCUAUCAUGAAUAGCCCCGAGGAAGAAGUGAGAGCUUGCUGCAGCCCGCAGGAGUUUGUGGCACCAAAUGCCGAGGCUGUGGACUCCUUCCUGACUCUCUUGGACCUUUACAAAGGCCCAGAAGCCCUUCAGAAGGAAGAUGCUCCCAGUGAAAGCCCUCAGCCUGCUGAAGAAAAGGCGCCGGUAGAAAUCCGAGGACCCAUGAAGACGUCCUGGACACCAGGCUGGAUGCUGGAGGAUGCUCCGCUUGAGCAAGGUGAUGUCCUCGCCUCCGAGGCCGCUCAGACUUAUGACAUUUGCCAGGCGAUUUUCCCCUCGGAUGCGGCAGCCCAAGCAGACUAUUUAAAGCACGUCUUAACCCAUAUGAAGUAGGACUUUCCACUCGUAAACCUGCAUAUUUGCACCGCGACCACGAUGGGCUCUGGACUUUCGUGAGAUCCUGCUGCUGGAUCAGCUCAGGCAGCAAUCCUGUUCCGAGUAAUCCGGCGUGCUCCCAAACUUGUGCUCCCAUCCCUUGUGCCCUGCUUGAUGGGCCAGCUGGGGGCUCCGGGUGUGCUUUGGCUUUUUGAGCUUUGGGGAUAUCAAAGCAGCUUCUGUGCCAGGGUCUGGAGGUGUGUAGGGGAUGUGGGGAGCUGUAACUCAAUGGGAAAUGAACAGUUUUCAAAAUUCUCCAUAACCAGAAAGGUUGAAAUACUUUUUCUGUAAAUAGAGACAUUUGAAAAGCAUUGGCUUUUUACAAGAACAUGGAAGGCUGGGUGAGAGAAUCACAGGGUUUUCAUGUCACUAAAUCUGAAUUUGCCUUUGAAGAGAGAGCCCUGGCGCUGGGGCUGUGUGUGCGACGUGGUCUGCUUCGUGGUGAGGGGCGAUGGUGCAAAACUUCCAAGUCCGUUACCAGGAAGGGUAUAACCGGGAACUGCCCUCACUCCUCAUUAAAACCUCAUCAGCU